GAGAGCGUCUGCAGAGGGAGCAGCUGCAGGGAGCCCAGUCUCAGUACUACCGCUGGCUGAGGAAGGUGCUGCCUGACACAGGACACACUCCCGCACCAAACUGCAGCCGCGUGCGAGUCCCACAGUUCAGCUGCCACAUGGGCGGGGCCGACCCAGGGAAGCUGCAUGAUAUACUGAAGGAUCGACCAAUGAAAUACUCCCUCAGGAAACCUGGCCUCACCCUCAAGCCCAUGCCGGUACUGUCAGUACUGCAACAACCCCCGCAGGUCUCCAGGUCAGGCAAUAUGGCGGUGGUGAGAGAGGAGAGCUCUUCCUUCGCCCCGGGACCGUACCCGGACCACAGUCUGAGCUGGGAUAAGAACACCAUCCCCCGACAACCAUCACACUACAACAAGUACCACUUUACGGAGUUCCUGAGGCAGAGGUCGUUCCAGUACAAGAGGUCAGCUCCACCCCUAACAGACAAAGAGAGGCGUAUCCACGUCUUCCAGAAACACCCAGCCCCCUAUGACACCAGACAAUCCGCUGGAACCAGCCAAUCACAGCCAACCCAGAGCGUCGUAGAGACUCGGACCUAUAGGGAUGUCACCCUGCACAUCAACUGAGGAAAACCCCUUGGCUGAGUCCCAAAUGGCACCCUAUACAGUGCACGACUUUGGCCAAACAUUGGUACUGUAUAGGGAAUCGGCUGCCAUUGGAGARGUGACCUCAGACUGAAACCCCACUACUGCACUAUGGAACUGCACUAACACUUUAAUAUAAUAAAUGGCCAACCCAACCACCACUGUUCAUUACUCUUCAGUACCGUCAGUAGAAUCAUCAGUACUAAAAGAAGAGCAGCAUCCCAAAUGGCACCCUAUUUCCUAUGUAGUGCACUACUGAUCUGGUAAACUAUUAUAGGAAAUAGGGUGCCAUGGGACCCAGGUAAGGUCAUUGUAGUCACCUGUGUGUGUUAUUAUAAAUGGUAUAUACAGUAUUAAAGGAACAUCCCUGGCGAUUUUCUUGAUGUUUUCAUCUUGGUUCUCAGGAGAAUCUGGAACCAAUAGAGAGCAUCAUUACAUACAACACCCACUUCAUCUAAUUAAACAAGAGUUUUUUCUGAAUCAAAAAGGGUCUUAGGCGGCACGCCCAGAAAAACCCCUGCUCUCUGAACAUUGUGAGUAACUGACACAAAGCGUAUGAAAUGUCAGUAAUAAAAAUAGCUUGUAUAAUAUGGUAAUAUGGCAUGCGGUGAUGUGGCUGACUGACUGGUGGGAUUUCUGCAACACAUGCAACUCUGCUGUAGUGAUGAGCUGUAAAACUCUACUGGCUGUAAACAAUUAGCCUCCCAUGUUUUCUGUUCUACCCACUCUUCUGCAGCGGAGUCAUCCAGUAGCUGUUCUUGAAGAACGCGUUGGUGCAGAACGUGUUAGGCAGCAGCACCUAGAACAAUAGAACACAACACAGCCGUAGAACAACAGAACACAGCCG